AUGCGCCUCUCCACCCUCCUCCUCGCCUUCUUUCGACUCCUGCUCCCGAUAGCAACGCUCUCCACAGUUCACCUCUACCUGUAUCCAGCCUUCAAGCAGUGCGAUUUCCCCAGCGCCCAAAAUGGCAAGCAAGCGCCAUUCCGGCUUCUCACUCUGGCCGAUCCACAACUAGAGGGCGACACCUCCCUACCAAAUCCCAAUGCACCUCUUCUUCCAAGCUUGCAUGCUCUGUGGAACGUCCUCGAUGGCCGAGACCAGGAUGGACUUUUGACAUCAUUGAGAAAUCAUGGAAAGAGCUUGCUGAGCCGCGAUGUUCCACAAUUGAUCAAGUCUUAUCGCAAACAGCUGGAUCUGUGGGGAAAUGACAGAUAUCUGGCGCAUAUCUACCGGCUCAUGCAUUGGUGGUCAAACCCGACACACGUUGUGGUGUUGGGAGACCUAUUGGGCAGCCAGUGGAUCGGCGACGACGAGUUUGCAAGACGAACAGAUCGGUUCUGGGGGACCGUCUUUUCGAAGGGAAUCAAACUUGGCAAAGAGGUUACCAACGAAGUUUCAGUGCAAGUCCUGGGUGCGGAUCAAACAUGGAAGCAUCGCAUCAUCGCCGUGGCGGGGAACCACGACAUUGGAUACGCAGGCGACAUCACUAAAGAUCGUCUCGCUCGCUUCRAAGAAGCAUACGGCAGUCUCAACUGGGAGGUGCGUUUUGCACUCAAUUCUUCUCACGAUUCACCCCAGCUGCGUCUUGUUAUACUCAACUCGAUGAACCUUGACGCUCCUGCCUAUGACAAUGAUCUCCGCGCUGAUAGUAUCAACUUCCUCCACCAGCACCUGACGGAGGAUGCUACAUCUCCUCAGACAGCAACAAUACUGCUCACUCACAUUCCCCUUUAUAAGGACUCCGGUAUCUGCGUUGACGGCCCGUUCGUGGACUACUUUGCAGAAGACAACGGUGGUGGCAUCAAGGAACAGAACCACCUCACCUAUAGUACCAGCGAAACUAUCCUUGAUGCUCUCGUUGGCGGUGAACGUCGGGAUCCCAAAGMUUUGGUGUUGAAUGGUCACGAUCACGAAGGUUGUCAAGUCUAUCAUGCUUUGCUUUCCGAUGAUGAGAAACGCGCGCAGGAGAGUGAGGAUGUAGAAGRGCGUUCGUGGCAAGCAUACGCCUACCACUCGCCUCAAGGCGCGCUCAAGAGACACCCCCGCUUUGUCGGAGUGAGAGAAGUCACUGUUCGUAGCAUGAUGGGUGAUUUCGACGGCAACGCUGGGCUUGUCAGUGCUUGGUGGGAUGAUGUCGAGAAGAGGUGGAGUUUCGAGUAUGCGAGCUGCGAAGCGGGCGUGCAGCAUAUUUGGUGGGCGGUGCAUGUCGUAGAUCUUGUUACUGUCGCAGUUGGAUUUGCGGCUCUGUUUGCGCGACUUCUGGAGAGGCCAGAAAGCGGAGGCAGGGUGGACACGAACAAGAAGACGAUCUAG